AUUCCUGUCCGCCGCUCCUGUGCGGGCGUCAGCUUCCGCUCUCCGCAGAGGUGCGCGCGGUACUGUUUGCCGGCGCGCAGUCAUGGCGGCCACAGCGACCAUGGCGACGUCAGGCUCGGCGCGGAAGCGGCUGCUCAAGGAAGAAGACAUGACCAAAGUGGAGUUUGAGACCAGCGAGGAGGUGGACGUGACCCCCACGUUCGAUACCAUGGGCCUGCGGGAGGACCUGCUGCGCGGCAUCUACGCCUACGGUUUUGAGAAGCCAUCAGCAAUCCAGCAGAGAGCCAUCAAGCAGAUCAUUAAAGGCAGAGACGUCAUUGCACAAUCUCAGUCUGGUACUGGCAAAACAGCCACCUUUAGUAUUUCUGUUCUCCAGUGUUUGGAUAUUCAGGUUCGUGAAACUCAAGCUUUGAUCUUGGCUCCUACAAGAGAGUUAGCUGUGCAGAUCCAAAAGGGCCUGCUAGCUCUGGGUGACUACAUGAACGUCCAGUGCCAUGCUUGUAUCGGGGGCACCAAUGUUGGGGAAGAUAUUAGGAAACUGGACUAUGGACAGCAUGUGGUGGCUGGCACACCAGGACGUGUCUUUGAUAUGAUUCGUCGUAGAAGUUUGAGAACACGUGCUAUCAAGAUGUUGGUUUUGGAUGAAGCUGAUGAAAUGUUGAAUAAAGGCUUCAAAGAGCAGAUUUAUGAUGUGUAUAGAUACCUUCCUCCUGCCACGCAGGUGGUUCUCAUCAGUGCCACGCUGCCUCAUGAGAUACUAGAGAUGACCAACAAGUUCAUGACUGACCCCAUCCGCAUCUUGGUGAAGCGUGAUGAAUUGACUCUAGAAGGCAUCAAGCAGUUUUUUGUGGCGGUGGAGAGAGAGGAGUGGAAAUUUGACACGUUGUGUGAUCUCUACGAUACGCUGACCAUCACGCAGGCAGUCAUUUUCUGUAACACCAAAAGGAAGGUUGACUGGCUGACAGAGAAGAUGAGAGAAGCCAACUUCACUGUCUCCUCCAUGCAUGGUGACAUGCCCCAGAAAGAAAGGGAGUCCAUCAUGAAGGAGUUUCGCUCAGGAGCCAGCCGGGUGCUCAUAUCCACAGACGUCUGGGCCAGAGGGCUGGACGUCCCGCAGGUGUCCCUCAUCAUCAACUACGACCUUCCCAACAACAGAGAAUUGUACAUACACAGAAUUGGGAGGUCAGGCCGAUAUGGCCGCAAGGGUGUGGCCAUCAACUUUGUGAAGAAUGACGAUAUCCGCAUCCUCCGGGACAUCGAGCAGUACUACUCCACCCAGAUCGACGAGAUGCCCAUGAACGUUGCUGAUCUGAUUUGAGGAGCCGGCUGCCCUGAGGAGUCAAAAGUGUUUGCCGUUUUGAUGCCCUUUGGGAUUCUUGGGGCAGUUUCUAUUUAAUGGGGUCUCUGUAAACCCUCUCGUUGGCCCUGGAGCAAGCUCUGGCAUGUUGCCACAUUUUCUUACCGAUGUGUAAAUAAUACAUGUGUUGAGUCUUUUUUUUCAUUAAACAUUUAGAACUUUU